GACGACUCCGUGACUGAUAGUGCGCGUCGCGAUGCGUCCCGCAAGAGCCUAAGAUUUUCGCCAAAGUUUUCACCCGUCACGGAAAAUUCGACUAAAAUUAAUCUAACCGAACUUUGUCGGUAAACCGGAAUUGAUCGGCGGAGCAUGGAGAAUGUGAGCGUCAUGAUGCAGCGCGACGAGGAGCAGCGCGCGGGCGACGAGGCGCUGCAGCUGGUGAAGCACGAGGAGCGCGCGGGCGGCAGCGGCGGGGGCGGGGGCGAGCUGCACGCGGGCGGGGGCGAGGCGGACGCGGAGCAGCACUCCGUUAUCACGUCGCGCCGCACGCUGCGCACCAUCACCGCCGCCGGGCACAUCACCGAGGAGGCGCCCGACGACGUCAAGGACGAGCCGCCCGAGCCACCGCCGCCCGAGCACGAGCGCGCGCCCUACGCCGAGCCCGAGGCGGCCUACGACGACGAGCGCCUGCGCCAGGCCGAGGCGGACGCGGCGCGCUACCUCGCCUUCAAGCCCGACGCGUACCGCGCGCCGCCCGCCGAGCGCCGCGCGCCCGCGCCGUUCGCGCGCGCGCCGCCGCCGCGCGCCGCCUACGAGCGCGCGCCCGCGCUGCGCUACCGCGCGCCCGAGCCCGACGAACACGCGCACGCGCACGCGCACGACGCCUACCUGCACAAGGACAAGGAGCAGCCGCAGUACGCGGUCGAGCCGGCGCCCGAUGCGCGCCAGUACGGCGCCGCGCUGGAGCACGCCGCCUCCUCCGCGCUGGAGAUGAUCCAGACGACGGCGCUGGGCAACCAGCAGGCGGUGGGCGUGGCCUACCAGCCGGUGAAGUACGAGGCGCGCGGCGAGGGCGAGGCGCGCGCGGGCACGUACGCCGCGCUGCAGCCCGUGGGCGCGGGCGGGUACGCGUUCGGCCAGAGCCCGCAGUACGCCGGCUACGCGUACGGCGGCGGCAAGGAGCCGCUGCUCACGCUGUACGGCGCGGGCGCGCGCGACGAGUCGCCGCCGGGCCAGCUGCUGUACCGCAGCGACCCUACGCUGUCGUCGUCGGCGCUGGCGCGCGGCGCCUACCAGCAGUACGAGGCGCCCGCCAGCCCCGGCCAGCAGGUGACGCUGUACGCGCCCGGCAGCGUGCAGUACAGCCUGGCGCCGGGCGCGGGCGUGGAGUACGUGCCCGUGUCGGGCUACGAGGGCGGGCUGCUGGUGGAGAGCUACCCGGCGCAGGCGUGGCCGGCGCACAACCUGCUGCAGGUGGACGACGGGUUCGACCCCGGCGCGGGCGCGGCCGACGUCAAGGAGUGCGUCAACUGCGCCGCCGCCGCCACGCCGCUGUGGCGCCGCGACGGCACGGGCCACUACCUGUGCAACGCGUGCGGGCUGUACACGCGCAUCAACGGCGUCAACCGCCCGCCGCUCAAGGGGCAGAAGGCGAAGCCGCAGCAGGCGCUGCCCAGCAACGGCACCCGGCGCGUGGGCGUGACGUGCGCCAACUGCCGCACGUCCAACACCACGCUGUGGCGCCGCAACAACAACGGCGAGCCGGUCUGCAACGCCUGCGGCCUGUACUACAAGCUGCACAACGUGAACCGGCCGCUGAGCAUGAAGAAGGACGGCAUCCAGACGCGCAAGCGCAAGCCCAAGAGCAUGGGCGGCGGCGCGGGGCGCGCGGGCGCGGGCGGCGCGCUGUCGGGGUACCAACGAUAGUGCGAUCGCCGCGCAGCAACCGCGUGUGAUUCACGCAGCAGCCGCGCUACAACCGCGCAGCAGCCGCGCUACAACCGCGCGGUGCGGCACACUUCUGAUGAACACUGACGUAUGCAACAUUUGCAAAACAGUCUUUCUAGA